AUGUUGCUUUCGUCUAUCGCUGGCCUUAUAGGCCUCAGCUACGCUGCAAGCCAGCAGGUCCUGCAACCUGAGAGUUCUGACGGCUUUCGCAUAUUCCAGAGUGACUCUUCACCAGAACACUCGAUCCGUAUUCGAAAACAAGAUGAAUCAAUCUGCGCAGCCGGUUCAGCUCAAUAUACGGGAUGGCUUGAUGUCGGGCCGGUCCAUCUCUUCUUUUGGUACUUUGAAAGCCAGAAUGACCCUACCAAUGACCCAUUGACACUCUGGAUGACGGGUGGACCAGGCGGGUCUAGUAUGAUCGGGCUGUUCGAAGAGGUCGGCCCUUGUCUCGUCAACGAGCACGGAAAUGGUACCAACCAUAACCCAUGGGGUUGGUCGCGGAACUCAUCGUUACUGUUCGUUGAUCAGCCUGUCGGGGUUGGUUUCUCCUAUCUCGACGAAGGCUAUGAUCUACCUGGCGACUCGACGCGCGCUGCUGUCGAUAUGCACCGAUUUCUGCAGCUAUCCGUUUCAGGCGUGUUCCCGCAUCACCUGAAUAGCCCGCUCCAUCUAUCGGGGGAAUCAUACGCUGGUAAAUAUAUUCCGGCUCUUGGCUCUCAGAUAGUGAGACAGAAUAAGCUCUACCCUCACGAGCCCCAGGUGCAGCUUCGCUCGUGUCUGGUGGGAGACGGGUUUAUGUCUCCGAAGGAUCGGAUUUUCGGAUAUUGGGAAACAUUGUGUACCACCAACCCGGGCGUUGCAGAACCCGUGUUCAACAAGACCAGAUGUGAUAUCAUGGCUGCUAACAUGCCUCGGUGCAUGGAUGUCAUGGAUACUUGCAACCAAAACCCGGACCCAGCCGUGUGCAACGCAGCGAUAUCUGUUUGCUACGAGGGCGUCAUCGGAUGGUACGAUGACGAGUCAUACGCGGGUGGCCGCAACAGGUUCGACAUUACGGCCCCUUGUGAACUUGACGAUUUCUGCUAUAUUGAAGCGGCCCAUGUUGGAAAGUACCUUAACACCCGAGCUGUUUGGGACGCACUUUCGCCCCCAAAACAGGUCGGCCACUUUAAUAUUUCUUCUGAUGCGAUUUCUCGAUCAUUUGAACAGACUUCAGACGAAGAGACUUCCACGUCUAACCAAGUGGCUUAUCUACUUCAGAACCAAGUCCAUUAUCUCGCUUACCAAGGCAAUCUUGAUCUUGCCUGCAACACAGCUGGAAACCUUCGCUGGGCGAACUCGCUUGCCUGGAGCGGGCAACCUGAAUUUGCUUCUAAGUCGCUGCAGCCAUGGAAGUCAGUAGUUGCGGCAACGGGCAAGGAUGAAAUCGUCGGAACGAUGAAAGAGGUCCGGGUUCGGGCGAGCAAUACCGCAGAAAUUGAAUCGCGGUUUGCUAUCGUGACUGUGAAUGAUGCUGGCCACUUUCUGCCACAAGAUCGCCCCGACGUGGCUUUCGAUAUAAUGACGCGGUGGAUCAGCGGAGCAGACUUUGUUUAA